CACACCAACUGCUUUAUAUACAUAUCGCUGCCAGUGGUUGGUAAAUCCACCGCGUAUCUUAUCGCCAAGGCUGUCUUUACGCAGCUCUUGACAAUAUGAUCAUGGGUUAAGUCUUACAAGAGUUAGCGAUGAGUGGAGACGUCGUGCCGACCUAUUUCCCAGUGCUCGACCCAGUCUCAAAUUAUGAAAAGUUGCAUCGGAUAGGCGAAGGCACCUACGGAGUAGUCUAUAAGGCUCGCGACCGCACCACGGGCGAGCUGGUUGCGCUGAAGCGGGUGCGCUUCGACCGCUCCCGCGACGGCUUCCCCGUCACGUCCAUUCGGGAGCUCCGUGUGCUGCAGACGUGUCGCCAUACCAACGUCGUGGCGCUCAAGAAGGUGGUCACCGGCUCCCAGGCGGACAGCGUGUUCCUGGUGUUCGAGUACUGUGAUCACGACCUAGGGCGACUCCUGGACUCGAUGUCGGGUAGCUCGGGGCGCCGCAGCUUCAGCAUGUCGGAGGUUAAGUGCCUGAUUAGACAGCUGCUGGAGGCCGUAUCGUUCCUCCACGACCACUGGGUGGUGCACCGGGACAUCAAGCUCUCCAAUCUACUGUACACACACACCGGGCACCUGAAGCUCUGCGACUUUGGACUGGCCAGGUCCUUCGCGCCCUUCGUGACGCCCAUGACGCCCAAUGUGGUGACCUUGUGGUAUCGGGCGCCCGAGGUCCUCCUGGGGAGCGAGGAGUACGACGAGAGCAUCGACAUGUGGAGCUGUGGUGCGGUCCUAGCUGAGCUGGUAUCCGGCGAGCCCCUUUUUCCCGCUACGUCCGAGGGUGAAUGUCUCAACAUGAUGGCCAACCUGCUGGGGCCGCCCAGCGAGAGGAUAUGGCCGGGCAUGUCCAAGCUACCCAACGCCGGCAAGUUUGUGUUUCCCGAUCAGCCGUACAACUUCCUGCGCCGCCAACUGCCUCAGCUCAGCGAUCAGGGCCUGCACCUGCUGAACUCCAUGCUGACGUAUGACCCGGACCGCCGCAUCACUGCUCGUCAGGCACUGCGACAUGAGUUCUUCCGGGAGAAGCCCUACCCCAAGCAGCCCGCGGACAUGCCCACCUUCCCCUCCUCACAUGAGGUUCCACGAACAGGAGCGGCACCGCACAACCGUCACCAUUACCACCACCAUCACCAUCAUGGCGGCGGUGCUGGCGGUGGGGCCGGCUCCAAGCGUACACGGUCCGAAGCAGCCGGGGGACUGCUGGACACGAAGCGACAUGCUCGUGGGGUUGGCGGCGGGGGGGAUUUGGACGAGCGAUUCGGGGCAGCUUUCGGCGGCGGUGGCGGUGGAGGGAGCCUGCUGGACGGUGGCGGGGUGCAGCUAGUACGGCAGCGCUGACCCCGGCGAGUGCGUGGUGUGGCGUUGGUAUCGGCGGCCUUGUGUGUGUAUGUAUGUGUGUAUUGUUUGUAGCGUCGGUGCAGUAGCGUGCGGAAGUGCAUCAGUGAUACGGAUAUAGAAAAGCGAGGUCAUAAGCAGCGUCAGCUUUGGCGACGGUGAAGCGGAUGGAGUGAGGAUGAAGCGGUGUACUUGAGGAGUGAGGUUACUGCGGGACGUGGGAUGGCAGCCGGCGGGGGGUUCCUCCCCGAAUGCACCACGAAGCAGCGCGGCGUCGGUAUUGUGUCUGAUAUGCAGAUGGCAUUUUUACUGUACAUGAGCAGAGCACAGCCUUUACAUACAUUCUAGAAGUGUAUUGGAUCGAAUAAGCCAGGUAUUGGCUCUGGGGGUAGUGGUAGUGGCUCUACCUCUGCGAAUCAUUUUUACCCAACGAAUGGAGGACAGGCAAGAUCUGCAGCAGCCUAAGCGCAGCAGGGCGACGUGUGUGGCGGAUGCCCUAUGUCGUGGACUUCAAGCUCACUGCUCAUCC